UCCUUCAGGUUCAUGUUCAUGAUCUUUAUUGUCCCUCCCUGUUACUAUAUAUACAUGUGUACAUACAUCUGUCAAAGUUUAUUUACGUUUUCCUCUAACCUUCGGAAUGCAUAAUAAUAAAAAGAAUAAAUUUACAAAUAAGAAUAAUGGCAUUUUCAUUUCGCAUCGGUACUAAAUGGUGCCACGAUUUCCCAAAAUUGGCUAAAGAAUCUGGAUUUUAUUUCAAUAUGCAUAGAUCCAGAGUCCGAGUCGAUUGGAAUCGUAUAACUAACAUAGAUAUCGAUCGAAUCAUAAGAGACAGAGAUUUUCAUUCCAUCGACGACAAUAUAAAUAACGUGAUCGAUUAUUGUUUAGAGAGUGAAUACGAUGUCAAAAUCUUAGAUCCUAAUUUCGUGAAACUAUUCCGUCUUGCACAACUGGCAGUCGAAUAUUUAUUAUAUUGUAAGCAGUAUCUAGAUCAUAGCGUAGUCAUAUUAAAGGAUGAGCUCAGAUUUAAAAUAGAAGAAAACGUUAAAUUGAAAAAGGAGAUAACUACCUUGGAAGGGGUAGUGAAGCACAUGAAGGAGAAGAUGAAAGAAAGAAGUAAAUUGUUAGAGACUAAGUUUGGAGAUUGUAACGGUGAAAUCUAUAAAUGCCCGCAUUGUCCAAAGACUUUUAUAUCUCCUACGUUUGUCAAUGCUCACAUUAUACGCCGUCAUGCAUAUGUCACGGAUCUGUAUGUGCCACCCUCCCCUGUGCACGAUCAUUAUAGAACUGAGACUGAACGAUUAAACAACGAAAUAAAGAAUCUCAAGGAGAGAUUGAACGAGACGGAAAGAGUGAUCAGGAACGAGUCUGAGAAAGUUGAAAAGAAAACGUUGGACUAUGAUGGGAGGCAGGGUGAAAAUGAAAUUGAUAAUUCUAGGCAAGUUAACAAUAAAUCAGAAAAUCAUGCGGAAUACAAAGGGUAUCAGGAAGAAAUCAAGAAUUUGAGGAGUAUGCUUUAUGAUGAAAUUCAUAAUUUAAGACAGAAAGAGAAGAUUAUGCAUGACCGUCCCCCUGAAUCAAGCGUACAAACGUUGAUAAGUCAACAAGAAAGAGAAUUCCAAAAAUUGAAGGAUCAACUGUUUGAAAAGCUCACCCCAGACAUAGAGAGUGUGAACGCGAAGUUGCAUGCUCAGGAAAAUUAUUGGAUGUCGAAGUUGGAACAUUUGGAAAAGCAACAUUAUAAAGAUGUUGAGAGACUUACUACGGAAUUGAAAUUGACGCAACGAACAGCCGACGAUAUGAGAGCGAAAUACGAAGCGAAAGUUAGCGAUUUAGAACGUCAAACUGCGGAUCAAUCGAAAAUUUUAAUCGAACAAAGCAAACAAUUGCAUUCUCUAUCGCACGAAAUGAAUGUUUCCCAAUUAAAUGAAAGGAAUAAAAGUUUCGAAGAUAAUUCUCAGGAGAAAUAUGGUCGAUCCGGAAAAGAGUCUGAUCCAAAAACUUCUAAAGAAGAGGAUUGUAUAGAUGUAAAGGUUGAACAUAUUAACGAUGUUACUAGUACGGCAUAUAUUACGGGAAGCUCGAAUUUAUCAAAUAACGUGUUCCCAUUAACAACGGGAGAUCAAUUAAAAACUAUACACGUAUCGAAUUCAAAGGGUAAAUCUAAUAGUGCAAAUAAAAAGAACGCGAAGAACCCACAAUUUGAACGUAAGACCAGCGUUAAGGAAGCUUUGGAAUAUUAUAGUUCGAGCGAUGUAACAGAUUCGGACUCAGUAUCGGAGAAAGAAAAAAACUACAUUUACACGAAGCACAAUAACUCGACUGUGAAAACUGAUUUAAAUGAAUCUAAUAGUAAACUAGAUGAUACCUAUAAUACGAACGAAUUUAAUGAGUUCGUGUCCGAUAUAAAAAAUACUAAAAAUACGGAGUCUUUAGAAAACAAUCUCAUUCUCUCGAAUUUAGAAUCAUCUGUUUCUGAUUCGGACACCGAAAGUAAAACGAGUUCGCCGCCUCGGUUCAGGGCGAUUAAGUCAAUAGAUCGUAAUUUGUAUUAUAAAAAGUUACGAGCCAGUUUAAUCGAAGCGUUCGAACAGAAAUUGAGAGAUCUCGGAAUAGAUCCCGAGUGGCAGGGAAUACCGAGAGCAACUUUUAAGCAAAAAAUAGAUAUUUUAAAACAUCAUCACAAACUAGCUGCAAGAAAAUCGCCGAGAUAUCAUCAGAUUAAAUUAAAAAUUAUUGAGGAUGUUCUCAAUAAAAUAUCUCAAAAAGGAAAGCCAGUAGGAGACACUAAAGAGUCAAAGCGAUCUCCUUCACAUAGAAUAACGAACGUGAAACCAACGGCGGUGAAAGAAUACGAUCAAAAGAGAUCUGACAAUUACAUUUCUAAGUCCCAAGCUAUAAUAUCCAAUAAGUUCCAUUCUACACCUGAGCGUAGUCGCUCUACUAAAGGUUCGUUCGAAAAUGAGUUGCCUAUAAAAGUUACAAAGUCCGAGGGUUACAAAAGGAUAGAUAGAUUAUUGCAAGUUUCUUCAAAUUCGACCAAAUACUCAGACGAUAUGCAAAGCACGACGAACUCUCAAGAGUAUUCGACAAGAAGGAACUCCUUGAACACAAUGAAAUCUUUGCUUGACUCUGAUAUAUUUAAAGCAACACCGAAUACUAGACAUGUUACAAGUAACAAAUCUAUUCAAAACACAAUUGAAAACUCGAGUUCGCAACUGGAGGUACAGAAUAUUUACGUGUCUCCAAAGCACAAUAAAAGUGUUUUAAAAUCUACAUCUGGUUCAGCGAGUAGUUUAACAAAGAAAAAAGUUAUUUUCGAUUUGACAAAUGAAAAGAUUAAGGAUUUAUCUUCGUCAGACGAUGAUAUAAAGAAAGAUGAAUUAAAUGAAAGUAAUUGGAAUAAUUCCAGCAUUUCUGACGAACGGAAACUAGUAUCCCAGUCGGAAGAUUAUAAGAGUCCGAGUAAUAUAAUAUUAAAAACUACGCAAAGCGAUAAGAUCGCGGAAUUGUCACGAAAAUUGGAAGCACAGCUAAAUACAGUGAGACAAAGACCGGCAGGAUCGGUUGAAACUAUUUUUACCUCGAAGUACAUGCAAAAUAAAGAAAAUCAGAACAAAAUGAAUGAAGAAGCAAAUUCUACUAGUCUCAGUUCCUUUUUAGACAGUCAAUUGCAAGUGACCGCAUCGAAUUCGAGAAAGACGAACGAUUCUGUACCACAACCGGCAGCACGUAAUUUAAAAAACAAAAUGCCUGAACCAUUACGGGCAGAAUCCAUAUCGGAAGUAUCAGAUUUCGACUCUGACAUAGAUAAGAUAUUAAAAUUGUAACAAUCAUAGUGGACUUCCAGUCUGACAUUGGAAUUACUUGUAAUAAUUUCUCUAUUUAUUAUAAUCUAGUCUCGAAGACCAAAGGAACAAUUAUUGUACGAUGCAGUCACUAUUUUAUAUGUUUUUAUUUA